AUGCAUCAGUCGCAGUUGUCGGUUAACUCGGUUCAAUCGCUGAUCGAGCCUACGACCCCCCCGCUCGGUCAGAUGAACAAUCGUCAAAAUCACCAACGCACGCAUUCGCUCGAUCUUUCAGGCUUCAACCAGUUUAUGCAGGGCAACUCGCCUCUAAUGCCGCUCCCGGCGUCUCCUGCAACACCUGCAAUGCCCGGAAAUCGACAUAAACUCAAAUCGAUGCCGUUGAUCAGCGAAUUCAGAGCGCCCGUAAGAAGUGUGAGCGGAUCGACCGCAUCUUCCGGGUCGAAUGCGUCAGGAAUCGCUCCUGGAGACCUCAAUUGGAUGCCAUUAGAAGACUUAGAUUACGUCAAGUUGGCCACGGACCAAUUCGGAUGUCGUUUUCUACAGAAAAAGCUUGAAAAUCCACAAGAAUGUGUCACUAUGCGUGAUCUGAUGUACGACCAGAUCAGCCCUUUCUUUCUUGACUUGAUCGUCGACCCAUUUGGAAACUACUUGAUCCAGAAACUUUGUGAGUGCCUGACCACGGACCAAAAGACUCAAUUGGUGGAAAAAAUCUUUCCUCACGUCUUCCAAAUCUCCAUCAACCAAUACGGUACCCGGUCGCUCCAAAAGAUCAUAGAUUCGCUCGACACCGAGGCCCAGGUCGACAUGAUCAUCUCAGGCUUCGGUCAGCGUCAUACUUCUAUUGAUCAGGUUGUCGUGCUGAUCAACGACCUAAAUGGCAACCACGUUGUUCAGAAAUGCAUUUUCAGAUUCUCGCCUUCCAAAUUUGAUUUCAUCAUCGACGCAAUUGUCGAUCACAAUAAUAUUGUAAGGAUUUCUACCCACAAGCACGGCUGUUGCGUCUUACAAAAAUUGCUGAGUGUUUGUACUCUGCAACAAAUAUUCAAAAUAUCAGUGAAGAUCGUGCAGUUCCUCCCUCAUUUGAUCAAUGAUCAAUUUGGAAACUACAUCAUCCAAUUUCUCCUAGACAUCAAAGAGCUUGAUUUCUACUUGUUGGGCGAAAUCUUUGAUAAACUAUCCGUUGAAAUGUGCCAGCUCUCAUGUCUCAAAUUCUCUUCUAACGUUGUGGAAAAAUUCAUCAAAAAAUUGUUUAUGAUCCUGAAAGUAUCUUUUCCUCCUACUGCUGCCAGAAACAAAUCUGUUCCAGAUGACGUGGUCAUUGUCACCAUGAAGAUUCUGCUCGCAAUUAUCGACAUUUUUACCGCUAAUCUCAACGUUCUGAUCAGGGACAACUUUGGCAACUAUGCACUUCAGACUCUAUUGGAUGUCAAGAACUACACCAAGCUUUUGCAAUUCUCUGACAGUACCUAUGUGCACACUACCACAGGCACAUUGAAUUUCAACCAGGAGUUCACAUUGAAAGUGACCAAUUUAGUGGUUAUGACCAAGGAACUGCUACCCAGCAUCAAGACCACGUCUUAUGCCAAGAAAAUAAAGCUCAAAGUGAAAGCUUUCAUCGAACUAACUGGUCUUGUUGUGAACGAUAAUUGCCCAAGCAAGAACGUGCCAAUAAAUGGCCAGCACCAGAUCAAUAGUCGCAGACAGCAUGCCCGGCAUUACUCUCUGCCAGCAAAUGCCUAUCGACACCGCAGAAAUAGUAGCUCCUUGUCUACGUCAUCUGGAUUCCCGGCUUUUCAACCCCACCAGCAUUUUGCCCAGUCCCUCUCUCCCGGUAGUGACGUUUUCGGAAAUACCUCUCAAGGAUACCCCGGUGACCAGUUGAAUCAAGUCAAUCAAAACUUCUAUUCUAUGCAACAGAGGCCCCCCAGCAUUUUAUACAACCAGCAAGCAGAACGAUUGCGCUCUAUUGGAAAGGGCCAUUUUCCCUCGAUGUCAGCAAACAACCUUGCAUAUAACGAUCCCCGUUUGAUGCAGAUGCCAAAAGCUCAGACUGACCACCUCUACAACCCUACUAAUGAGUCAGCCGAUAACUUGUUGUCUAACAGCAACAACUAUGAAAAUCUCAAUCACAAUGGUUUUUACUACUGA